CUGUGAACCAUGAAAGAAAACUUGACAAUGGGAGGGGGAGGGGAAGUGACAGUUGACAUUGACAGUUUAUGUCUUUUAAUCCAACUGUUACCUUGUGUUUUUCUGAGCCUCCAACAUAACGUCUUUGAUCUUGAGGGAGGGAGGAAACAUUAGUUUUGAACAACGCACAGCAUAUUGGGACUCCUAAACAUUAAUAAUACUAGGAUAAAUUUUAAGAAUUAAGAUAAGAGACCACUUGAGGCUGAUUCAGCUCCUUGAGGCUUUGAAUUGUUUGCUGCAAACAGAAUCUGCUAAUUUUCUGAGGAACUAGUAAUCCAUUCAGAGGCUGUACUUUUGGAAGUCCAUUGACUGCACAAUUAACUGAUGGUUGAAUUGCUGCCUUUAUGCUGUAAUAAUCUGCAAUAAAUUGGGGAUGUCAAGAGUUGCCACUCCGCCACCACCUGGAGAAAUGUCCAGUGGGCCUAUAGCUGAAAGCUGGUGUUAUACACAGGUUAAAGUUGUAAAAUUUUCUUACAUGUGGACCAUAAAUAACUUCAGUUUCUGCCGAGAAGAAAUGGGUGAAGUUUUAAAGAGUUCUACUUUUUCAUCAGGGCCAAAUGACAAAAUGAAAUGGUGCCUGAGAGUAAAUCCUAAAGGUUUAGAUGAUGAAAGCAAAGAUUAUCUUUCAUUGUAUUUACUGCUAGUUAGUUGUCCAAAAAGUGAAGUGAGAGCAAAAUUUAAAUUUUCUCUCUUGAACGCAAAAAGAGAAGAAACAAAAGCAAUGGAAAGCCAAAGAGCAUAUCGAUUUGUUCAAGGCAAAGACUGGGGUUUUAAAAAAUUCAUUCGAAGAGACUUUUUACUUGAUGAAGCUAAUGGUCUUUUACCUGAUGAUAAGCUUACGUUAUUCUGUGAGGUGAGUGUGGUCCAGGACUCGGUGAAUAUAUCAGGACAGUCCUGUACAAAUACAUUAAAAGUACCCGAAUGCCGACUAGCAGAAGAUUUAGGAAAUCUCUGGGAAUCAACAAGAUUUACUGAUUGCAGUUUUUAUGUAGGAGGAAAAGAGUUCAAAGCUCAUAAGUCUAUUCUUGCAGCUCGUUCACCCGUUUUUAAUGCAAUGUUUGAACAUGAAAUGGAGGAAAGCAAAAAGAAUCGCGUAGAAAUAAAUGAUGUAGACCCUGAAGUUUUUAAAGAGAUGAUGAGGUUCAUUUAUACAGGAAAAGCUCCAAAUCUUGACAAAAUGGCUGACAGCUUGUUGGCAGCAGCAGACAAAUAUGCACUGGAAAGGCUGAAGAUCAUGUGUGAAGAAGCUCUGUGUAGUAACCUCUCCGUAGAAAAUGUUGCAGACAUUUUGAUUCUUGCAGAUUUGCACAGUGCAGAACAAUUGAAAGCACAAGCAAUAGACUUUAUUAACAGAUGCAGUGUUCUUAGGCAACUGGGUUGUAAAGAUGGGAAAAACUGGAACAGCAACCAAGCAACAGACAUAAUGGAAACAGCCGGCUGGAAGUCGAUGAUCCACUCCCAUCCCCACUUAGUAGCGGAAGCCUUUCGAGCCCUCGCCUCUGCACAGUGUCCACAGUUUGGCAUUCCACGCAAACGGCUAAAACAGUCUUGAAAUCUUCUUCCAUGAACUUGAGAGAAUGAGUGACUCCCUGUCCGUAUCCAGAGGGAUUUCUUUUUACAAACCCAUCUGCCAGAAUUUGCUACCCUGUCCACAGAACAGAACCCGGAAGCUUUUAAGAACGGAUGAUAUAUGGUUUAUUAAUCAGCUUUAAAUUAGACUGAUAACUCUCCAGUUCACUGAAAGGCCUUAAUGACAACUGCUCCUAGUUCAUUUGUGAUUUUCUUGCUUUUGUUUUUUCUCUCAUCGUGCCUCGUCUUUUUGACUCGGCAGUGUAGGAUUGCACUAGCUUCAUAAUGCAGUAAUAAUGAUCAAUGUCCAUUCUUGAAAGGGAUCUUCUUUCAUUUUCUUUCUUUCUUUCUUCCUUUCUUUUUCUUUUUUUACUCCCAAUUUAAAUCUCAAAAUGAAGAUUAUCAUUUGGUCUUGUGGUAACUGGACGGUUUCAUCUAGCCUCCUUAAAAGCAGUUGAAGGGGAGGGCAGCCAGCACUCCAGUCCAAGUACUGUAUUUAGAGUGCAUCUGCCUGCCUUCAGAGGAUGCUGUCAGGCAUGCUGUGGCAAUAUACUACUCUGAAUAUAAUUUAUUUUUCAUUGGUUCAGGUAAGUGAGGGAAAUAUGCAAUGUCUUGGCCCAGAAAUGUGUUUUAUGGUAAUUUUGCAAAUGCCACCUACUCUGUGUGUGAGAGAGUGUGUGUGUGUGCGUGUGUCCAUCAAACAUUAAAAAAAACACAUCAUAACCCUUUUGGCCUCUGUUACUUUAGGAUCUGUUCCUAUUUUACAUUGUACUGAACCAGAGUGGAAGAUGGUAGGACUAUGGAGAGAGAAUAAAUGAUACAUGCUAGGAAGAAGCAGUUGUUUCGCAAAUGGAGGAAAUACUUGGAAGUCAAGGAUGCGUAAGAAUGACCAAAUGUAAAUUUCAGAAAUGGGCCAAAAUUACGGAUUCUCAGUAUGCACUUUUAAUGUGUAACUUUUAUAUGUUGUGUGGUACAUAUAUAUUUUGGUUUUGAUAAAUAUGGUACAGUAAUUGUGGCCUAACUUUUGAAAUACAUUAAGAUGCCCACAGCCACAUGGGAUUUAGUUUUGUUACAAGGAGAGCAUGACUUUAGAGAUGUUGAUUCUAAGUGAAUAUCUCAAGUGUUCAUGCUAGAAUCCAUUCUAUUUUCACACUUUGGACAGGCUUGGCUAUGUUCCCUUUGUGUGUGUACGCACAAGCCUGUUCACAUUAGUGGAAGUUGCACAGUCACACACUUAGCUGGAAGAAUAGAAGUCUGAAAUGAAAUGUCAGUAUUUGUAAGCACUGACUUACUGUUUUUAUCAUUUGUUAUUGUUCUAGCAUUGUGGAUGGUAUUGAAAUUCUGCAUAAUGUGAAAAAGAUAUAACAACCUGUAAACUGCUUGUGAUGGGCCAGUUUCAUCUUAUACAAACCUUAGCUUUAAUGCCACCACUUCCAGUGUAUUUGCUAGUGUUGUUUACAAUUGGAAGGAUUUGUCUGCAGCAGUGCACAUUGUAAACAUCUCUUGACUUACUCCAUUGAAUUUUACUUUUAAAAUGGUGUGCUAUAUCUCCUGGCAUGGGGGAAAUUGAAUUUAUCUAUCAGAAAAGGGAAGUCCUCUGAAUUUUGCAAUUAAGAUUUUAGCUGGCCCUUCUGAUUCCCAUGCUUAAUCCUUCUCUUUUCAAACGGUGUCAUCUUUCUGUUUUCAGCAUGGAAGCACCAAUAACAUUGAAAUUGUCGGAGCUUGUUUCUUCUUAACUAUUAACUUGGGUAAAAAAUUCUUGAAAAGUAAUUGGACAUAAGAGAAGUCCUGUGCCAACACAGUACUAAAACUAGAAAUACAUAUUCUGAUUGAACUCUUUCUUUGGGUUAAGUCAAUGUGAAAUUUGCAUUGGCAUCUUUGAGGCACAGUAAAAUGGGCCAUUUUUGUUCUACUCCUUAUGGUUUCAAUGGGCCUAAACAUUAUUCAGUGAACCGAAGUGCGAGAGAGAUGUUCCAUCCAGAGAUAAAUUGUAGUUUUUAACAUUUAUUGGAAGUUUCUCUUUAUCUAAAUUACUCUUUUAGUAUUCUUACCAGAUGAGAUAUAAGAAUGUGUGCCACUCCAUAGCAGAGAAACUCCUAGUUUAGUAUAAUAAAUAAUCAUAAUAUACCUUGCAUCUUGAAAUUUCAGCUAUAAUAUACAAAGUGACUUGAAUAUUUAAUACUGUAAUUGUCCUUUUCAGCUUCUUCUGGUAUGAUUAGACACAGCAAUCAGAUGGAACAUCCUUAAGCAUUUUCUUUAUAAAGUUUUUAAAGAGGCUUAAUAGCACACUUCGUACCAAAAAUACCAAACACUGUGUUGCACUCCCACGUGUAAAAAUUAGUAAGAUGCGUACCAUGUCUAACAUUAAUAGCCAGUCAUGAUAAUUGAUCUAUAUUAUCUGUUGGCUAUAUGAGAGACUAAAAUAAAAGAAACGAUGUGUUCAGUGAGUAUACCAAUCCACCUUUUCCCCUUAGCGAAUUACAUGUGUUAUUUUCACUCUUCCGAAAAAGCUGGCAAGAACUUCCUCCAAUUAACUGCAGCUUCCUUGUGUUUUCUGUGUUUCCAUAAGAGUAGAUUGUAAAUUUCAAAGUAUUGCAGAGAAAAAAAUCUAUUUAUAAAUGUAUUUUCUGGCUGAAAACUAGACAUUUUUCUGAGGGUAGGCGACAGCCCACUUAACAGGAUUUUCAGCACAAUUAUCAAAGUGCCAUAUUGGGCUUGCCAGUUCUGCCCCUUAAAUACUCAUCAGCCAUUGCCAUCAAACUUUUCCCCUGAAGGGAACAUUCUGCAUGUGUUGUGUAAAUGAUGUGUGGUUUUUAACAAAGAUUUAUUUUCUGAAAAAUAGGACUCAGAAUGCUUUUAAAAGUGGCAGAGAUUUCACUUACAUAACCUGUGUGGCAGUGUUUUCCAAUGAAGGAAACUUCAAUGUCCCAUCCAAAGCUCGACAGUCCAUUUACUGCAUGCUGAAGUAGGUAUAAAUGUGCUUAGUGCCUUUUUGAAAUGCAAAUAAUAGGAUGGAUAGUUUUGGGAAACUAGAACUGAGAAGGACUUGUGUGUGUGCACGUGCGUGCACAUGUGUGUGUGUGCUUGUAGGGUUAAGGUUACACACAAACACAUUUAACACACACAGUGUCUCUUUCAUACACACAUACACACACAAUGUGAAUGCAGAACAAGGAUAGGUCUGUCUUCAAAAGCUAGAGAUGCAAAACUCCAAAUCCUAAAACAGAGUUAUUAACACUAAGGUGUUUGGUUGCUUCCCACCCAUAUGUAGAAUGAUGACAGUAUCAUGAAUUUCUGCAUUCAAAGAGAAUGCAAGGCAUAGUCUGCAUGUUGGUCUCCUUAUGAAGAGAAAAUUUCUUGGAGCUCAAGACUAACUGUGCUAAUAAAUUAAAGUCCUAUAGAAAAUAUGAGGAAAACCAUUUGAAGAUUUUUUUGUUUCGGUUAUACUUAGAACAAUUGAUACACCCCCCAUUUUUAGUUUUAUUGGUCAAGUUUACUGGAUUUUCUUAAGACCUCCUAUGAGCUAUUGGUUGUUUCGUUUUACAACUGCAUUGAUUUACUUGCUUUCUGCUUGCAGCAAAUGGACUUUCACUGAAAUGGGCCCUCAUGGUUUCUGUCAGUGUUUGCUGUGGUUUGCGUUAUUCAUAUUCUGUGAUCUAGUUAAUUCUGGAUUUUGAUAUGUCAGAAUGAAGGUUUAUUUUUUGAGUCCUGUUUUAGAAUUUAAACAUUGAAAGAACAUAAACCUGAUCUUAGUUGGAAAUUAUUCACAUUAACCUGUCAUGAAAAAACACUUGCAUCAAACCAUCCAGCCUUUUAUAUCCGCCUGAUGUUGACAGUGAAAUACUUUUUGUACCUUGUUGCUGAAAAUAUUUUUGCAUUUCAGGACAUCAAGUUACAAUAAAGUUGUUACUUAUACAGAAA